AUGCACUUGUUCUUCUUUGCUUGCACAUACUCAUUCUUGGCGCCUUGCACAAUUGUGCUCUUCUGGAUGGUACAUGGCACUCCGGCCAAGUUUAAAUUUACUGGAAAUCAAUUUAGCAAGGUCUAUUUCUUCCAUGUCAAAUUUCUGAAAGAUCUCAGCGCAAAAUUGCCCGAGAAAUUCCACAAGUUGAUGGCCGAUAUCUUCACUGCAAUACAGGAUCUCAUGCAGCACAAGAGUUCUGCCACUGAUGCGGAAGCUGAUGCACUUGCAUUCCUUGACCUCAACAGGAUGGAUGAGGACUAA